UUCCUACCCGGCGCCGGUAUCGAUAGCCGACGUCGACGUGUCUUGAUCUUGCUAGUUCACCGACACAGUCAACAUUGAUUUUGAAGUCUAAGAUCUGGAAAUUGAAAUCAAGUGAAGAUGACUGCUUUCAGACAACCCAAUAAUACUAGGCCAAGUUGUGUCAGUGCUGCCAUCUUAAUGAGCCUCUUCAUAUGCCUUGCUAGUGUUCAUAUAGCAAAUGCAAAAGGAGAAGAUGAAGCUUCUACUGAAGGCUGGAUGGACUAUUGGUUUAUCAGAUUGGCACUAAAUGUUCUUGGCUACCUGUCAGUGAUUGUUCCUGCUUGGCUGGUGAUUCGCUAUGUCAGAAGCUCUGGAUACUUGGAAAGGGGAGGUGAGGAUCCCUCAGGUCAUGGCUGUUGGUACAAUACUGUCAAAUCAUGUGUAUCUGGGUCAGACGAAAUCAAAGCAAGCUUAGAGGAAGGAGGUAGCAAGGCUACAGUGACUGAGAAACCAAAGAUGAACCGUGGUUUCGUGCUGCUAUUUUGUGUGGCUGGCCUGCAAGGAUCAUAUCUUUCAUGGGGAGUCCUUCAAGAACGUAUAAUGGCACAUGAAUAUGGCAAAGAUGCACAUAAUCCAGGAGAAACGUUCACCAACUCCCAAUUCCUAGUGUUCAUGAACCGCAUCCUUGCUUUCAUGGCUGCUCUGGUUUUCAUGAACUUCACUGCUCAACCUCGUCACACUGCACCUCUCUACAAGUACUCCUACUGCUCUUUGUCCAAUAUCAUGAGUAGCUGGUGCCAGUAUGAGGCUCUCAAGUUUGUCACCUUUCCUACUCAAGUCCUGGCCAAAGCUUCCAAGAUCAUUCCUGUGAUGCUGAUGGGGAAGGUUAUAUCUGGCAAAACAUACGAGUACUACGAGUACAUCACAGCUGUGAUGAUCUCUGUUGGUGUGGCACUGUUCUUGUUGUCCCAGGGAGGGGAUCACAAAGGGUCAACUGUGACAACGUUAUCAGGGGUCAUCAUCUUGGUCGGUUACAUGGCCUUUGAUAGCUUCACCUCUAAUUGGCAGGCAGACUUGUAUAAGACAUACAGUAUGUCUAGUAUUCAGAUGAUGUUUGGUGUCAACCUCUUUUCCUGCCUGUUCACCAGUUGGUCUCUUAUAGAACAGGGUGGGUUCUUUGAGGGAAUCGGCUUCAUGCUCAAGUACAACACCUUCAUGUUUCAUGUAGGACUACUCUCACUGUUCUCAGCCACUGGACAGCUCUUUAUCUUCUACACCAUCUCCCAGUUUGGUGCGGUCAUCUUCACCAUCAUCAUGACCACCCGUCAGGCCCUGGCUAUCCUCCUCUCUUGCAUCAUUUAUGGCCAUCCUCUCAAUUUCCAGGGCAUUAUGGGUGUCAUAGUGGUAUUCAUUGCCCUCUUCCUCAGGGUAUAUGCAAGACAGCGCAAGUCUGGGCAGAAGCCCAAACCUCCCCCUGCUCAAGAAUCAUCCCUGGGUCCGACCAAGACAUGACUAGGCAGUCAUAGAUCUAGUCGUACUCACCAUUUGUAAGCCCGUGCUGUGACUAAAGUGCUCACCUUGUGCCAUGAUCUGAUAAAAGCUCUCCUUUUUGAAGAAAUUUUCAAAAAUAUUACCCCGUAAAUACGUGUACAGUAGGGCCAUCUCUGAUCUACCAAAGAUUAAUUCUCCUCAGAUACAGAAAUGAUUUAUUGAUUUAUUUAGUCAUGCUUUUAGGGGGAAAUUGCAAUGUUAGAUCCUCCAGAAAAUGAAAUUACAUAAUCCAUUUGAUUUAAUUGGAAAAAUGAAAUUUAGCCACUGAAUGCAUUUUGUGAAUAUCCAAGAGCUUCAUUCAUACCAGGUGAAUUAACUAUGAAUUAUGUACAUAGGCCUAUAUUAAAUGUUAGUGUUUUGUGGUGGUUUAAAUUAUUUGUACUUGUUUUCCACAUUUGUUCUUCAAUAUUUACAGCGUGCUGUCAAGGUUAAUUUCUUUCAAAAGUGAGGCAAUUAUCUAGACAUGGCUUCAAAGACAUUUGUAAAUAACUAACUGUAUAUUUGAGCAUAAGAGUAUUUCACAUCAAGUCUCGACAUUGAAAAAAAUGUCUUUCCGCUGAAUGUCUAAAUGUUAUCUUGGUGAAAAUGAGAAUGAUACACAUUUAAUGCCAAGAAUGAACUUGAAUUGUACAAAAGAGAAAAAAUUGAAUUAAUGUCCACUUUCUUAGAUUGUAUUUAACUUGAUAUUAUGACAAUGGAAGUACCUUACUUUGCAAUAUUUCUAUAAAUUUUGGAAAUUUACAUUUUCAUUUGUAGAUUUGCAUAUCAUGGUAGCCUAUUUUUUAUCAUUUUUUUCUGAAGCGGAAGUAUAUUUAAGAGUAGCUUCCAUACCUCUUUUACCUUGAAAAAUUGCAAUUAAUUUUAUUGCAAGUUGCAGAUAUUUAUAUAAAUGUGGCAAAUUGGCUGAAACUGUUUGGAAUUAUCAAUGACAUCAGCAGUGCACUAGACAAUCUAGUUAUUACAAGGUGUGUAACCAAGGUAAAUUGCAAUUUGUGUAAAUUACAGUUGGAUGUUAAAAAAGAGAGACCUCAUCAAUGUACCUCUGUUGGACCUGCCUUACAGAUGCAGGUGUUCACUAUUGUCAUUGUAAGCCCCCCCCCCCCCACUGAAUGGUACUAAUUUGAAUCGAAAUGACGCUCAGCAACUACAGUUACCAUUAUAUGGAAGAGUUAACCAAACUAUCAAUAAAAGAGUUGCAAUUCAAUAGUACAAGUUGAUCUUCAACCAAUCAGGAUGUUUAAUGAAACUCUUUCUGCAUCAGGGCCCAGGUCUCUACAGUGACUAUAACUCUUUUGAUAAUUUUAAGAGUUUUCAAGAGAAGACUGACAGGUUUUGAGGAAAGAGACUGUUGAAUAAUACGAGUGUAGGUACCAAGAUAAGGACCCACAUGAAAAGAACUUGCAUCUUUCCCAUUAUGGUAACACAUUGCGACAAUUUCAGAGGAAACAUUUAGAUUUGAUAAAUGCUAUGUAUUUUAUACUGAAUUUAUGUACUCCAUAUACUUAAUUUGAGUGUUUUUUUCUACAUUUUAGAAAUGUAUAUUAGGUAAGAAAAUAUGAUUUAUUUUUAUUUGAAUUUGCAAAGUGACUUUUUUUAUCAAUUGCCUCUUAUUCUUUCGAUAAAAAAAAAUAGAAAAUGAAUCAUGAAAUCAUGGCAGGAGAUAUUUGAACCAUGUAACAUACUCUCUUAAAAUCAUUAUCUCCCAUUCUGUUGAUCUAAGCAAGAAUCAACCUAGAAUGUAUUAAGUUGUGAGGAAAAACCCAAGUUUGAAACAAAUUAUUAUGAAGGUUUAUUACAAAAAU